CGCACGUCGAGGUGCUGCUGCCCGGAGCCGCGGAGGCUGUGAGCUUUCUUGGUUGCGGCGGCGGCUGGGCCGGCAGCCGAAGGUUGGAACAGAAGCCAGAGACUCAGUUGACUACUUUCUGCAACCAUGGGGGAGCUUUUCCGGAGUGAGGAGAUGACGCUCGCCCAGCUAUUUCUACAGUCAGAAGCUGCUUAUUGUUGUGUCAGUGAAUUAGGAGAACUUGGAAAGGUUCAGUUUCGUGAUUUAAAUCCAGAUGUGAAUGUUUUCCAGCGAAAAUUUGUGAAUGAAGUUAGAAGAUGUGAAGAAAUGGAUCGAAAACUUCGAUUUGUUGAGAAAGAGAUAAGAAAAGCUAACAUCCCAAUUAUGGACACUGGCGAAAAUCCAGAAGUGCCCUUUCCCCGGGACAUGAUUGACUUAGAGGCCAAUUUUGAGAAGAUUGAAAAUGAGCUAAAGGAAAUCAACACAAACCAGGAAGCUCUGAAGAGAAACUUCCUGGAACUGACUGAAUUAAAAUUUAUACUUCGCAAAACUCAGCAGUUUUUUGAUGAGGCUGAAUUGCAUCAUCAGCAGAUGGCGGAUCCAGACCUGUUGGAAGAGUCUUCAUCCCUGUUGGAGCCAAGUGAGAUGGGAAGAGGCACGCCUUUAAGACUUGGAUUUGUGGCUGGUGUGAUUAACCGAGAGCGUAUCCCUACUUUUGAACGCAUGCUUUGGCGAGUAUGCCGAGGGAAUGUGUUCCUGAGACAGGCUGAAAUCGAGAACCCCCUGGAGGAUCCUGUGACUGGUGACUACGUGCACAAGUCUGUGUUUAUCAUUUUCUUCCAAGGCGAUCAGCUGAAAAACAGAGUCAAGAAAAUCUGUGAAGGAUUCCGAGCCUCACUCUAUCCCUGUCCUGAGACGCCACAGGAAAGGAAAGAAAUGGCUUCUGGAGUCAAUACCAGGAUUGACGAUCUCCAAAUGGUUCUGAAUCAAACAGAGGAUCAUCGGCAGAGGGUUCUGCAGGCAGCUGCUAAGAAUAUCCGGGUCUGGUUCAUCAAAGUGCGGAAGAUGAAGGCCAUCUACCAUACCCUAAACCUGUGCAACAUAGAUGUGACCCAGAAGUGCCUGAUUGCAGAGGUCUGGUGCCCAGUCACUGACCUCGAUUCCAUCCAGUUUGCACUUAGAAGGGGCACGGAACACAGUGGUUCCACUGUGCCCUCCAUUCUGAACAGGAUGCAGACAAACCAGACUCCUCCAACCUACAACAAAACCAACAAGUUCACAUACGGCUUUCAAAACAUAGUAGAUGCUUAUGGAAUUGGGACUUACCGAGAGAUAAACCCAGCUCCAUAUACCAUCAUCACUUUCCCUUUUCUAUUUGCUGUGAUGUUUGGAGAUUUUGGCCAUGGCAUUUUGAUGACCCUUUUUGCUGUGUGGAUGGUGUUAAGGGAGAGCCGGAUCCUCUCCCAGAAGAAUGAGAAUGAGAUGUUUAGCACUGUGUUCAGUGGUCGAUACAUUAUUCUGUUGAUGGGAGUUUUCUCCAUUUAUACUGGCCUCAUCUACAAUGACUGCUUUUCCAAGUCUCUUAAUAUCUUUGGGUCAUCCUGGAGUGUGCGACCAAUGUUCACCAAAUAUAAUUGGACGGAGGAGACUCUUCGGGGAAACCCUGUUCUCCAGCUGAACCCAACUGUCCCUGGAGUUUUUGGUGGGCCAUACCCUUUUGGUAUUGAUCCGAUUUGGAACAUUGCUACCAAUAAGCUGACCUUCCUCAACUCCUUUAAGAUGAAGAUGUCUGUUAUUCUUGGUAUCAUCCAUAUGAUGUUUGGAGUCAGUCUGAGCCUUUUCAACCAUAUCUAUUUCAAGAAGCCCCUGAAUAUCUACUUUGGAUUUAUUCCUGAAGUGAUCUUCAUGUCCUCUUUGUUUGGCUACUUGGUUAUCCUAAUUUUUUACAAAUGGACAGCCUAUGAUGCUUAUUCUUCUGAGAACGCACCUAGCCUUCUGAUCCAUUUCAUCAACAUGUUCCUCUUUUCCUAUCCGGAUUCUGGUAUUUCAAUGCUGUAUUCUGGACAGAAAGGAAUUCAGUGUUUCCUGGUAGUGGUUGCUCUACUGUGUGUACCUUGGAUGCUACUGUUUAAGCCACUGGUUCUUCGCCAUCAAUAUUUGAGGAGGAAGCAUUUGGGAACUCUCAACUUUGGUGGGAUCAGGGUGGGCAACGGACCGACAGAGGAGGAUGCUGAGAUUAUUCAGCAUGACCAGCUCUCCACCCAUUCAGAGGACGCAGAAGAGUUUGACUUUGGGGACACCAUGGUCCACCAGGCCAUCCACACCAUUGAGUACUGCCUGGGCUGCAUCUCCAACACCGCCUCCUACCUGCGGCUCUGGGCGCUCAGCCUUGCUCAUGCACAACUCUCCGAGGUGCUUUGGACCAUGGUGAUCCACAUCGGCCUGAGUGUGAAGAGCUUAGCUGGAGGACUGGCGCUGUUUUUCAUCUUUGCCGCUUUUGCCACACUGACCGUGGCCAUCCUGCUGAUCAUGGAGGGCCUCUCAGCCUUCCUUCACGCACUGCGAUUACACUGGGUCGAAUUCCAGAAUAAAUUCUACAGUGGGACCGGUUUCAAGUUCCUACCCUUCUCCUUUGAACACAUUCGGGAAGGGAAGUUUGAUGAGUAAGCCCCUGGUGGGACCAUGCACCCAGGUCCCCUCCCUGCCUCCUUCCACACUGAUUAGCUGUGUUCCUUUUGCCUGUUGGUUGUGAUUCCUGGACACCAGGGCAUUUGUGUCACCCACACCCCCUUCUCCAGCCAAAUCUUUAGGAGCUGGCUUCCCUGGGUCUCUCACCAUCCAGCUUUGUGUGUCGGGUAUGAAUGUUUUAGAGAAGUUGGGCUCUGGCUGGCACUUACACCAACUGGGCACCAGCAUUUACCUCCCAGCCUCCAUCCAGCCAGAGAUGUCUCUCCUCGCCCCCUGGUGGUGAAUUGAUUUGUGCAGGCAUGCCAUGCUCUGAGCCCUGGGCUUCCUGAUGGAAGGAGCAACCAUGCCACUGGCAUCUACACUUUUGAGUCCUCCACUCCUGCUACUGGAGUUACUGGCUGGGUACUGGAGGGGAGCUCUCUUCCAGGGGGAAUGCUCUAAGAAGACCUACUCAGAUUAGCAGGGAUGGAUCCAGGAAAAUGUGUUGUUCUUUGCCUCCCCCCCUCCAAUGCUUUUUAAUCAGGAAUUCAGCUAGACCUAACUGGCCAUUUUGAGUGACUUCUCUUUGUUAUCCUCAAGGGUCUCAAGAUACCCAGCAGCAUCUUCCUAACCUCCAUGCUACACUCCCACCCCACCCCACCCCCAUUUGCACCCAGUACAACAUAGGACAGCUGGGAGUGCACAGAACAGAGGUCCUGGUUGGCGCACCAACAGGCUUCCCUCCCUUGGAUUGGCUACUGCCCAGGCCUUGCUCAGGCCCUGCCCGUAGCACACCCUCAGGGCAGAGAGCUCAGAUUCAAGCUCUUUCCUGGUGGAGAACCUGAGACCUUCCCUACCCCUUGAUCGUGAUGUCUUGAGUACAGGACCAGUCAUCAAGGCUGGUUCUGCCUGCAGGCCACUUUGCUCUGUCCAGUAGUGCUCUCUCCCACUUCCACACUGACCUCUGGUCUCAGGAGGGGAGGCCUAGGCAGGGAAGGUCAGCAUUAUUUAAGGUUUGCUGAUUGGAGGUGACUGGCAGAGCUUCCAGUAAGAGUUGCACAGCCCUGCCAAGGAACCACACCCAUCACCCCUGCACGCCCUUGGGCUGGGGCCUUCAAAUCAUGUGCUGGCGCAGCAUCCCGAGCUGCUCUAGCUAAAUUCAUCCCCACAACCUUCGAGGUGGAGGUAAUACCCUGAAGCAGCCAUACCCAUGCCCUCCUCCCACCCUGGUGUUUCUGAGUGAGCUACAGAGAGCUGUUCACACACUCUUCUAGGCUGGGCUGGCCCUGGACAUGGACCACCCUGCCCCUGCUUCACUGUGUGCUGGCCUAUUCUGACCUGACACAGAUCUUGUACAAAGCCCCACACCUCUUGUGCCCUGGUUCACGUGGUGAUCUUUAUUCUGUGUACAGUGGGAUUUGAAGCAGAGUUCUUGGUCAGGAACCCUACCCAAGGCCCCUCUCUUUAGACAUUCCUGUGCUGAAUAAAAUGUGUUUGACUCUCCA